AUGAAUUCGUCACAAAGAAGAGAUGGCGUUUUCCCAUUCAACAUGCUUAAUCCUCACUUGAGUUACAAGGUUGAUACAAAGUGGAAGAAGGAUGUUCUGAAGGAUGUCAAUAUCUAUGUUUUCUGAUAAAAAAGAUUAUGCUAAUUUGGAUCUCCCAGAAUCAUUACCUAAAUUGGAAAAGGAAAGGGAAUGGAGUGAUUAUUGCAUUCGAGAAUUGUUGGGCAUAUUCAUUGAUGGCAAUAAAAAUAAUGAGUGA